AUGCCUGAGUUAAGUGCUGAUAUUACGGUGCAUCGUGUCCCCAUAAAAGAAGAGUGCAAGCCAGUUCAACAGAAGCUCCGAAGGAUGAGACCCGAUGUUGCAAUAAAAAUAAGGGAAGAUGUCAAAAAGCAGUUUGAUGCUGGAUUCUUACAAGUGGUUAAUUACUCAGAAUGGGUAGCCAACGUUGUCCCUGUCCCUAAGAAAUAUGGAAAAGUGCAGAUGUGUGUAGAUUACAGAGACUUAAACAAGGCCAGCCCAAAGGACAACUUCCCACUGCCUCACAUCGACACUUUGGCGGAUAACACGGCAAGUUACUCACUAUUCUCCUUCAUCAAUGGUUUCUUUGGAUACACUCAGAUAAAGAUGCAUCCUGAAGACAUGGAAAAGACCGCAUUCAUAACUCUGUGGGGAACUUUUUGCUAUAAGAAGGCUGUGAAAGGGAGUACAAUAGUAAAUUUUCUAGCGAGUAGAGCUCUAGAAGAUUAUGAGCCUUUGAAAUUUGAUUUCCCUAAUGAAGACCUAACGUAUAUGGCAACUACUGAAGAAGAUACUCCAGAAGAUCAUCCUUGCAAAUUGAAUUUUGACAGAGCAUCAAACGUCGUCGGUAAUAGAAUUGGGGUAGUCUUGAUAUCCCCAAAUGGAGAUCAUUAUCCAUUAUGCAAAUUAGAUUUUGACUGCACAAAAAAUAUGACAGAAUAUGAAGCAUGUAUCAUAAGAAUCUGUGCAGCCAUAGAGCGUAAAAUCAAGCUCAAAGGUGAAUGGGAAACAAGAGACCCAAAGUUGAUCAAUUAUCGAAAGCUAGUUCUGGAAUUAAUUGAGGUGUUUGAUGAUAUCACUUUCUGUUACCUCCCGCGAGAUGAAAACCAGAUGGCUGACGCCUUGGCUACAUUAGCUUCUAUGAUCAGAGUAAAUAAACGAGAGGAUAUGAAGCCGAUCCAGAUGAGUAUUUAUGAGGCUCCAACUCAUUGCUGCAAUAUCGAUGAAGAAGAGGAGAGAGAUGUUUAUCCUUGGUAUCAUGAUAUUCUACGAUAUGUGAAGAACAGUGGAUACCUCGAUCAGAUAACUAAAAAUGGUAAGAGAAUGUUGAGGAGGUUGGCCAGUGACUAUGUCUUAAACAAAGAGAUCCUGUAUAAAAAGAGAAAGGAUGAGGUGCUAUUAAGAUGUGUAGAUGUUGUUGAAGCUAAGAAAAUCUUGGAAGAAGUUCAUGAGGGUGUUUGCGGGACGCAUGCCAAUGGUUUCAUAAUGGCCAAGCAAAUCAUGAGACUUGGGUAUUACUGGUCCACGAUGGAAGGAGACUGCAUCAGUUACGCCAAGAAGUACCAUAAGUGCCAAAUCUAUGGAGACAAAAUUCUUGUGCCUCCGUCACCUCUUCAUGUUAUGACUUCUCCAUGGCCUUUCUUUAUGUGGGGAAUGGAUGUCAUUGGGCUGAUCUCACCAAAAUCUUCUAAUGGACAUCAAUUCACUUUUAUGGUUAUCGAUUACUUUACCAAAUGGGUAGAGACUGCUACAUACGCCAAUGUCACAAAGUCGAUAGUUAGCAAGUUCUUGAAGAAGGAGAUCAUAUGUCGAUAUGGCAUGCCAGAUAGGAUCAUAUCUGACAACACGUUGAAUUUGAAUAAUAGUGUGAUAGUGGAGGUCUGCAGCUAG